UAAUUAUUUGGGGGUGGCUUCUAGUUCUCCACUUGAACACUAUUCCUCUGUAAGAAAAGCGUAAAGGCAACGCCUCUCUCUACUAUGACUGUCUAUCUAUCACUCCAAAGUCCAAAGUGUCAUUGUACCUUGGCUUACUUGAAAUCCAAAAGUUCUCACCUUUUCGUCCUCUCGUUCAUUUCUUUCUCUAGCUCUUUAAGUUAAACUCUGCUUUCUCCACGCUGCCGCUGCCUCUUUUUUUUCGGUUUUCUGAAAACAACAUUUGAUCGUUUAUGUUCAUUGCUUAGCUAUUUAAUUGGAUCCUUCUGCAUCUUAUUUCUUUGAGAAUCUGGUCUUCAAAACCCAAGUAGUAAUCUUUUCUUUUCUUUUCUUGAAGUUUUGGGAAGCUAUGAAAGAGAGAGGCAAAGCUGUGGAGAUAUACAGCAAUGACUUGUUCCAAGAUGACAGCACUUCAUCAUCUGAUCUUCCAUGCAAGAAACACCCAUCAUCUUCUUCAGUUGGUAUAUGUGCUUAUUGUCUCAAAGAUCGUUUAGUCAAGCUGGUCUGUUCUGAUUGUGGAGAGCAAAGGCUCUCUUCUUGCUCUUGCUCCGAGAUCUCUUCCAAUCGCAAUUCCUGCACUGUUGAGCCCAAAACUAGUGGAGAGAAAGCAGAUGAAAUAAUCUUGCUUAAGAGAAGCAGUAGUAGCUGUGUUGAGAUCAAGAGGAAAGGUGGGUUUUGGCGGAUUGGCAAGUUGUUUGGCAAGAAAAGGGAAAAGGCUUGUGAGAGAAGCAGUGUUGGUGGUUUCGAAGAAAAAAGUGAUCUCUGGGUUGUUGAUUACAUGGGUGUAUCCAGGUCCAGGUCUCUAUGCAGUUUCAGAGGAGGUGGCUUUUUUGGUUCUGAAGAUGGAACCUUUUCUGGUGCCAGGAGUUCUAUUUCAGCUGCUAGGAGUUCCAUUUCAGCCGCUAGGAGUUCCAUUUCAGCCGCUAGGAAUUCUGGUGUCAAUGGUGGUCUACUCUUUGAUCCUGAUAGAAAAAGUGGGUUCAGUGAAGCAGAACCAAGAAAAAGCGGCUUCGAUGGUGAAAAGAAAGAUGCUAGUGUUUUAGAUCCCGAAAAGCUUGAUCCUGGUUUUAGUAGCGGAGCAAAUACUAGACGUGUAUUUUCACUUAAAGAAGGCAACUUUACUACUAUGGAUGAUUCAGGCUUCAUUGACCUGAAGUUUGAUUUCCCAUCAGAGUCCAAGGCAGAUUUAUCUUCUGUCAAGAUGGGUGGUGCUUUGUCAGAUUCAAACUCUGCUUUUGGUAGCAUGAGAGGCAGUGAUUUUCUGCCACAGGAUCAAUGUGGAGGCCCUUUUGGGACACUCGUGGGAGAUGGACUGUUCACUAAUGGAGGUUCAUGUAGGAUCACAGUUAGUGACAGAGGAAUCAAAAGGAGCAGGAAAAGUUUCAAGAGUUGGAGAUGGAUUUUCAGGCACAAUCCAAAUGCAGGGAAGAAAGAUGAAGACCUUGUGGCCAAGCCCAUGUAGCUUAGACCUGUCUUAUUCUGUGCUUUUUUAUUUUGGUCUUUCCAUGCGUAUUAAUUUGGUCACUUCCGCUCUGCUUUUCUGUAGUUAUUUUGAUCAAGUUAAAAACAAAAACAAAAGUGACCAACAGGCAUGAGUUGUUUACAUGAUUUUCACUUCAAGAUUAAGGGAACAAUAAGGCAAGAAA